UGCAGUUGGGAAUAAACCACUCCUAGUAUGUUUAUAUGUUGAUGUUACCUAGCAUUUGGUCUUUGACCAUGUGUUUGCCUUCUGUCUGCUGUGUUAAGUGGUAUAAUAUGGUCAGUAGUAUUAAGGUUAGUUGUAGAAUGUUAAGUAAAGAGGGUGAGUCAAUCGAUGGAAUGGUGAAUCGGCUGUGGCUGGGACACGUGUUGCUCAUGUCGAGCCAUCGCCUUCCUCGACUGGCGAUGUUGACUAACAGGAUUAGGUCGGAAAAGGUUUGGGAUGGGAUGUUCAAAUCAAAACUUAAAAUUCGUCAGUGGUGUUUUUGUACCAGCCACGUAGGGAGGUGUAGGCCUCCUGGAUGGGAUCCUCUAAAUGCAAGGAACCAAUAAUCAUAGCUGGAGACUGCUGGUGGUGGUGUGGUUCAAAAUCGUCCACAGUGGCACAAGUGUAUUCACUCUUUGUGGUCUCCCAUAUCCACUAAACCGUCAUGUUUUUCAGUGUUACUGUUCUUUCUUCCUCUCAUUUCUACUUAUCAUAGUUCUUUUGAAUUUCAUUUGUCUGCCCUUCGGUGCUACAUUGAGUGGGGCAACCUGAACUGCUGCACUACUGUGCAAAGUUCUAUUUAGCAACUCAGUCAUCCUAGCAUUUAGUUGAGUUCGAGAUUGUGGUUUUUUGUAAUGCUCUCCAUUUGAGAAUAACUAGUUGUCGGUGAAUUGGAGUGUUUGAUUGUUUGUGCUUUUGUAGCAUCCGGAAGUGGAAAAUGAUGGAGUAGUUAACCGAUUAUAUCUAUUAUCUUGUUUACUCCUAACUCAUGUAGGCAUAUGCAUAUUGGAAAAAUUGAGUUAAAGCUAAGGCUUAUCUUUCAUAAUGUUGUUUUCUCUGAACUCUGGUGGUUUAGUUGCGAAAGUGUAAUUUACAGGGGACCGCAUAAAACUCACUGAAGCGCUGAAGAUCUCUAAGAAGAUAAUGCGGAAAAAAAACGUGAAAGCAGAUGCAUGUGUCAACCAAGACACUAGCUUCUACUUAUGUGCUUAAGCUUUACGAAUAAAAUGCAGUUACAAAAAUGACUGAAGAAGCUGUUGUGGCAGAGGAGAUCAAUUACGAGGAACAAUAUGGGGUGCUUACUGAGGAGAAUAAAAAAUUGAAGAUUGAUAUUUCAAGUUUGCAGUUAAGCAAUCGAAGUCUUGUCAAUCAAAAUAGGGAUGAGAAGAAAAAGGUUAUGGAUUGUCGUUUGCAGAUUGCUGACUUAGAAGGACGCCUUAAAGCAUUUGAUGCUACAAAACAGGAGUUAGCGGAUUCUCAAGCUCAUUGUGAACGUGUACGUAUGACAUUAGAAAGUUGUGAAGCUAAAUUAGCCGAUGCUGAAAGACGUGCAGAUGAAGCCUCUGGUUUAAUAAAAAUUAAGGAUAGCGUUAUUGUAAAACAAAGCAAUUUUACAAAAGAAAUCGAAGAACGCUUACGAAAUGUCACAGAGGAGCGAGAUAAUUUAUUACAUAAAACCUCUAAUCUAGAAACUGAAUUAAAUGCAGCUAUAAUUAGAGGUGAAGAUGCUGAUGAUUUGAAAGAGCGUUUGAAGGCGUUACAAGAACUUUUUGACAAUUUGGUCAAUGAACGCUCUGAAACAACUAGUGAGAGUGGAUUAGCUGCUGCUAAUGAUUAUUUCAAAUCUGAACAGGCUAAAUCUGAAAGUCGUAUUGCGGAACUUAAAGAAAUUAAAAGUGGAUUAGAACAGAAGAUUGAAGAGUUAUGCGAUGAUAAAAAGAAACUGCAAAUGCAGUUGGAUCAACAAUUGGAUGAAUAUGAGAAGUUAGGAGAAAAAUGCGCAACGCUGGAGGCACGUAUCAAAGAAAUGGCUCACAAUGACAGGAGAUACACUGGCGGUAUGCUCGGCUCUCGUCUUAUUGGUCCAACAUUACCUCCAUGGAUUGCUGAUGAGAAAAAGUUGGAGAACGAUUUGGAACGUCUUUCUAAAACUGAUCCGGCUACCUUACGCGCUAAGGUUAUGGAGCUGGAAAGUCAGGUUAACGAACUCAAUCAUCUUUUAACUUAUCGGGAAGAUGUUAUUCUACGCAUACAUGAGGAAAUAUCCAAAAAGGCUUCAAAACUUGAAGCUGCUGAUGUUGAACGGUCAAGUCUUACAGCUCAAAUCAGUAUAUUAAAACGCGAGUUGGCAACAGCUCGUGAAGACUUAGCUCGUCGUGGGGUAGGUCCUCUUGAAUUAGACGCUGAAAUUGAACGUUUACGAAGUAAACGAGAUCGGGAGUAUCAACGUCGCAAACGAACUGAAGCUGACUUAGAGGCUAUGGAGAAAGAAAAUCAAGAGCUCAAACAACGCAUUAAGAGGUUAGAAGAAGCGGCUAUCGCAACUCCUCCGAAACCAGUUAUUCCUCAAAGUGAUCCUUCUGACAGAAAUAAAAUCGUUGAGCUUCAGGGCGCUGUAAAUCAAUUACGAAUGGAUAAUGAGGCUAAGAGGUCAGAACUAUUCGAUCUCAGAUCAAGAUUUGAUGCUAAAUCCGCACAAGUGGAUAAAAUGUCUGCUGAGUUUAAGACAAAAGAACGUCUCUGCCUUGAGCUCACAAAUCAACUUGCAGCUAUACGUGGUCAAUUGGAGAGUACCACAAAAGAGUUGGAGUCGGUUCGCUGUAGAGCUGUUCGUGGCGGAGCUGAAGUUGAACGAUGGAACUCCGAUUUAAUAAGUUUACAAACUACUAAUAAAUUCUUAUCAUCUCAGUUGAAUGAUUCAAGAAAUAAAAUGCUUACCAAGGAUAGAUUGAUUGCUGAGUUAACAAAACGUUGUGAAGAAAUUUUACGGAUUCAUUCCACUGAAGAACCCACAGAACCUUGUGAAAAUGGUAUUACUGAUGAGAAAGCACCGUGUCCACAUUGUCAAGGUCGUUCAAGUACGGAGGAUAAACAGCAGUCUACUGAUCUGGAUAUUGUAGCUGAGUUGGAAACUAAACUUUCUUCACUGGAGGAGCGAUGUAAAAAUUUAAUGGAGGAAGCUGCUAGAACGCAAGAGGAAAAAGAAAAUGUUAAGUCUCAGUUGGAGGCAGAACUUGCUAAUGCUCAACAAUGUGUUCAACAAUUGUCUGACGAAGUUACUCGAGAAAGAGAAAUCGCCUGUGAUUCAACUUCGCGGGUACAAGAGCUUACUGCUCAAAUAAAUCAGUUAGAAACAGAUCUUUCUCAAACCAGAAUGCAGCUUUUAGAAGCGCAAUCUGAUCAUCAGAAAGAAAAUGACGUCAACUCCACUGCUAUCUCACCUCCUGCUAAACGAACUCGACGGAGUGUUAAUGCCGCUGUAAACAAUGUCAAAGCAAAUUCAAAGAAUAAUCAGCGCAAGAGUAAAGUGGAUCAUUCAUCUGGUGGUGGACGACAUUGAUACAACUGGACUGCAUUUGAGUCUCUCUCUUUCUCUUUCCCUCUCAGUCUGUCGAAAUCAAAUGCACACACACACACACACCAACAGAUUUGUGCCCUCGUAUGUUGUAGACAAAAGCGAAAAAUUAUUCCACACAAAUCAGUCAUACCUAGUUUUAUUACUACUAUCAUCAGUUUUGUUCUUCUUCAUUAUUCAAAAUUCUGGAACUGUUCUUGUUUGUUUGUGUGGGCAUGUCCGUGUUGAUAAUUGAGUCUGUUUGUAUGUAUCUACGUGUUGAUUUAUUAUUCCCCGUGGCCCUCUAAUGCGCGCUCACCAUACAUGUACACUUUACAUUCACAGAAGUUGUUUUACUCCUUCCAUAAUUGGAGUUGCAUUUUCCCGCCGUUAUGACAGUUACACUUUGGCGGCCUUUUGUUUUUAUUUCUUAUUUCUGAACAUCUACAUUAGCACAAACAAUAGAACUCAGUGAUGAUGAUGAUGAUAACGACAACAAUAACGAUAAUAAAUGUGAUGAAGAUCAGCUGUAAAAAUGGUUUUCGUCUUUUUGCUUUUUCUUCUUUUUGAAAUUUCACACAUCUUUGAUGGAGAAAUCCAUGCUGCUGUGUUUGUGUACAUUUGUUUGAUGCUGAUGAUGAAUGUAUUGAUUCACUUUUAACAUGUUUAAAUAAUGACCGGUUUUUUUAAGCAUGCGAAAUAGUUUUAUAUUACCACAUUUAAGGGCUUCUGUUGUAUGUAAUAGCGGUUAUUGUUGUUGUAGAUCACAUUUAUGUAGCUGUUGUUAUUUAGGUA